AGGCCCUGUGACUUGGGAGACGUUUUGCAUCUGUAUGGAACACACUCCUAGCUCCAACUUAAUCUACUGAAACAGAUUAGAAAGUGGUUAAGGAUUUGCCGAGAAGUGUGGCCCAAGGCCAGAGGCUGGGUCCAGGAUAUCCCCAAGCUCUCGGCUCUCCCAGCACCUGGGGCCAGAAAUUGCUGCUGCCUGGUAGUGGGCGGGUGCUCCGUGCAGACAGGCCUCCCCGCUGCUCUCCCCGCCUCCUCCCCGUUCUCCAGACCGCUACCAGCACUGCCACACGUCCGCCUCACGUCUUCCCCAGAGCUCCCGCUGUCAAGAUGCCUGCGCCCAUCCCGGCCAUAGUAAGUGGCCAGGUGCUCCCGGCCUUCCUGCUCUGCAGCACACUGCUGAUUAUCAAGAUGUACGUGGUGGCCAUCAUCACGGGCCAAGUGAGGCUGCGGAAGAAGGCUUUUGCCAACCCCGAGGACGCCCUGAGACACGGAGGCCUGCAGUAUUGCCGGAGCGACCCGGACGUGGACCGCUGCCUCAGGGCCCACCGAAACGACAUGGAGAACAUCUACCCCUUCCUGUUCUUGGGCCUCGUCUACUCCUUCCUGGGACCCAGCCCUUUCGUGGCCUGGACGCACUUCCUGCUCGUCUUCCUGGGCCGCGUGGUGCACACCGUGGCCUACCUGGGGAAGCUGCGGGCGCCCACCCGCUCCCUGGCCUACACUGUGGCCCAGCUCCCCUGCGUCUCCAUGGCCCUGCAGAUCAUAUGGGAAGCCGCCCACCACCUGUGACCGGCAGCUGACACCUCCUCGGCCAUCAGACUGCUGGCCACAAGCCACCAUGGCUGGACUUGAAGGACAAGGGCAUCCCUUCAAAAUUGAGAUAAUCCCCAGGGCCUGGUUUCCUGGCAACCUGCUGAACGUGGGCUCCUGGCCCAGCCAGACUGUGUGUGUGUGUGCAUACGUGUGCACGUAUGUGCCACCCUUGGAUUCCUGGGUGACGUGGCCGAUUGGAACUGUUUAGAGACGGGUUGUCAAGAUUGAUAGACAGUCAACUAUAAUUGAAUAUAUAUAUCUAGUCAUGGGACGUGGAGUAUAGUGUGGGAGUGGAGUCAAGGAAUUUG